AUGGCACAGAAAAAACAGUACAGAUAUAUUAAGCCGGGUAAUGUAUCUGAUACAUAUGAUCCUAAUAAUCAGUACAGCAAAAAUCCUUAUGUUAACCAGUCAAUGCCUUCAAGCUACAUGUCUAAGCAACAGAAUGAGAGUAGUUAUACCUUGUCGCAGGAUGCUCUCAACUCUUUUAUGAAUAGGUAUCAGAACAAGCUGAAAGGUUAUCAGACAGACUUUGAUUCGCUGACAUACAGUAACAAUGCUUCAAGAUAUGAGAGAGCUGUUAAAGAUUGGACUAAUAUAAGCGAUGAAGCAAACAAGAUGAAAUCUUAUAUAAAGUCACAGGGAGAUACUGCUGACAAUAAGAAGCUGAUUGCAUAUCUUGAUGAUGUCAACAACUCAUCAAAGGCUAUUCUGAAUUCAUACAAAGAUAAGAAUAACUUCUUCUCGCAGUUCGAUUCUGAAGAAUCAUACAAUCAGGCUAUCAAAGAUUAUGACAGAGCCGUUAAACUCAACUCGAUGACUCUUGAAGAUAUUGAUAGCAACAUUGCUGAUAUUGACAAUCAGAUAAACGAUAUCCGCAAUAAGAAGAUUGCUUCUUAUCAGGGUAAUAAUGAUGUCAUGUCGGAUCUUAAGAAGUAUGAUUCGCAGAUAGCAGAGCUUGAGGAUGAGAAGCAUUGGUUGAAGCAGAAUCGUUACAAGAAAGGUGCUGAAAAGCUUGAGAAGGUAGCAGGAACAGUGACUUUCAAAGGCUUUGCUGACAAGGGUGCUGCCGUACAGAAUCCUGACUUAUCACAGGCAUAUAAUGUGCCGAGAAUGGGUGUGUAUGGAAGCAAGGUAGAAAAUCCUGUUACAUUCAUCAGAGAGAACGCAGACAAUGGUAUUGACAGUGGUGUUGUUGAAAUCGCAGGAUUAGAUAAAUACAAUGAUAUCGAUUGGAAGAAACGCAUCAAGGCGAUGAACGAUACGGAAGUCGAUAUCUAUAACUAUUAUCUUGCCAAAGACGGAAGACAGGCUGCUGAUAAAUAUCUUGACUCAAUAGAGGAAAGACUCACACAGCGACAGGCUGAAUCGGAAUUUCCGAAAUAUGAAGGCAACACAGCAUAUGAACUUGCAUUCGGUGUUGCUGCAGGACUUGAUCAGUUCAAGUCAGGUAUAGACAAUCUGUUUUCAGACAGGGAUUAUAUUCCUGCUUCAAUUAAGCAGACAUUGUCAGGUCAGAUAAGAGAGGAUCUUGCGGAUGACGGAUUUGCUCUUCCUGAUUGGAUGGGCGGAGCUUCACUUGGACAGGCAGCAUAUGACUUUGUUACGACAGGAAGCAAUAUGAUACCUUCCAUUGCUGCAUCUGUUGUUGUAUCAGCCUUAAAUCCUACAUUAGGUGCUACGGUUGGUGCAGGACUUAUGGGUGCUUCUGCCGGGGGUAACGCAUAUCAGGAAAUGCUUAAUCUUGGUUACGACAAAGGACAAGCAAGAACAUAUGCAAUUUUGACAGGUGCUUCGGAAGCUGCACUUCAGGAGAUUAUAGGCGGUAUUCCCGGAGUCGGUAAUGUGCUUACCGAUAAGGGACUUGAAAAGAUUGCACAAAUAAUUAAUAAUGCUUUCUUUAAGACAGCGGUUAAAAUCGGUGGCAAUAUGUUUGCCGAAGGAACAGAAGAAUUCUUGCAGGAAGUUCUUACUCCAUAUUUUAAGGCAAUAGCAACAGGUGAAGAUCCUGAAAGCAUCAAUUGGGAAGAAGCUAUCUAUUCAGGAGUUUUGGGUGCAUUAACAGCAGCUCCUUCCAAUGUUGUGACAAGUGUAUCUAAUGCAGUAAGUCAGAAUAGAGCAUACAACGAUUUAUACAGAGGUUCUGAAGCAGAGCUUAUUGAAUCAGGUCUUGAGACAGAUGCACAGAGCGAAGCAUACAAACUUGCACAGAAGUAUCAGAGCAAAAUGAAUGACGGAAAGAAGCUCUCAGGACUUCAACUUGGUAAUCUUGCAAAGGCUAAUGAGAAUUUCAACAUUGCAGAAGACAUAAGCACAAAUAAAGAGAAAGCAAAGAACAGACUCACUCAACUUGGAGAGACAGAAAACAUUGAUACCGUAGCAUCUGCCGUAGCAAAGGCAAUUGCUAUUGAGCAGACAGCAGUUGCUUCUGAUGUAUUCAGAGGAGAUAUCACCGAUGUUAAACUUACAAGAGCAGAAAAGAAUGCUCUCAAGAAUUCCACAUACGGCAAACAGGUACAAUCUGAAAUUGCACAGGGUAUGUCAACUGAUGGCUUCACAGGUGAAGUUGGUGAUUUCAGCAGAAGCAAUAUCAAAAAUAAUCCUUAUGUUGCACCGAAAGUUACAAGCAAUGUGGUUGACUUUUAUAACAAUCAGAAGAAGAUAACUAACAUUGACAGCAAUACAACAGAUGUAAGAAGAAACAGAGCAACGGAUAUACCUGUCAGAAAAUCAACAGCAGUUGAUACAAGCAAAAUAUCCGAUAGCGGUAAUACUGAAGUUGUUGUUGAUGGAAAUACACAGGAAGCAAGCAUCAAUAAAGUUACUGCCGUUAACAAGGAUGGCAGUUUCAAUGUAGAACUUGAUAAUGGUGCUACAGUAAAUUCUGCUGAUGUGUUGUACUCGUCAGCAUCUGAAGCUCUCGUUUAUGAGACAAUACCGAAAAUGGUAGGUAAUCCCGGUGUUGCAAAUACUGUUAUCAACGCAUACAAGAACAGUAAUAUUCCUGCUGAUACUUUUGUGGAUGAGUCCAUGUAUGCGUAUCAGUACGGUAAAACAAAUCAGAGUAAGAGACUUGCGGAUCUUACUAACAUACCUGACAAUGUCAAGAAUACUCUCUUUGUUGUCGGAAGAGAUAAUGCAAAGGCAGAAUCACAGAACAGGCAGAAGCCUGAUGUCAAGGUUACAAAGAAGAGCAACAAAGCAAUUCUUGUUAAUGAAGUUGAUGAGAAGCAGCUUACACCGAAGCAAAAAACGGUUAAAUCUGUGGCUGAUGCAAUAGCAAAGAUAAGUAAUCUCGAUGUUUAUCUCUUUGAAUCCUACCGUAAAAACGGAAAGAUUUAUAAUAACAUAAAUGGUGUUGAAGUCGAAUCUGGUGCAAAUGGUUGGUAUGUCGAAGGCAGCAACGCAAUAUAUAUUGACCUGAAUGCCGGAAACAAUAGUGAAGGACUUGGUCUUUUCACAUUGUCGCAUGAAAUCGGUCACGCAAUCAGGGAAUGGUCAACUGCAAAAUGGCAGACUCUUGCUGAUACUGUUGUCGAAGCAAUUGACAAUCAGGCAGAGAUGGACAGCAAUACUCCCACCUUUGAAGAAAUGGUGGCUGAUAAGCUUGCUAUGUACAAGAGACUCCGUGAAGCAGGAAACGAGAACUACAACUAUACCGAUGAGCAACUUGAAGAUAUGGCUUACGAAGAUGUAGUAUCCGAUUCUUUUGAGAAAUUGAUGGCAGAUGAACAGACAUUCAAAGAGAUAAUGGAUAACAUCAAGCAGCAGGAUAAAUCAUUGUGGCAGAGGAUUAAGGACUUCUUCAAGGACUUUGUAAAUAAGUUAGGCAAUGUCCUGAAGUCAUAUGAAGGUGUUUCACCUGAAACCGAAGCAGGAAAGGCUAUUGCACAGGCACAAGAUAUGUAUGAUAAGAUCCGUAGUCUGUAUGCGGAUGCCUUUACAGAUUCCAACAAAAAUAUCGCUGAAGCAAUGAACAAUAGCAAUAAUAAAAAUGUCUCGAUAGGUGAUGACAAGAAAUAUUCUAUUAAGUUAAGUGCUGAUGGUGAUGUUUAUGUUGAGAUUGAUGAAAAUGCCAUUGAUCUUAAUAAUGGACGAAGUAUUGCAUCAAAUAUAUCAGAAAUAAUAAGUAAACAAUAUAAUAAUAUCAUUUCAGCAAACGGACAAUUAUUCCGUAUAAACAGUAAAACUAAUCGUGAAUGGAGAUUGUCGAAUUCUGCAAGACAUCUUUUAAGUGAUAAUUAUAUAGGUUAUAUUGAUAAGAUGAAAGCAAUAGCAAAUGCUGAUGAGAUUAUUACAGCAGCAAAGGAUUGGAUUAAUGAGAGAAAAAGAGAUGAUAGUAAAUUUGAUCAAUACGGAAGAGGGUUGAUAUAUUAUAAAGUUGGAAACAAUGGUUAUGUUGCGGAUGUUAUUAUAGGAAUAAAUGGUACUGAUGGUUCUGCUACACUUUAUGAUUUAUCAAAUAUAAAGACAAAAAAAAUAACAGAGGCAUCUCUUAGUAGCCCGGCAAAUAGCCGAACAUCCAGGCAGCAUACCUCUGUCAUUAAUAAUAUAACAUCUAAUACAAAAAAAAGCAAUAUGUUUAAUGAAAAUAAUUCAGAAACUUCUGAAUAUGAAGCAACACGCAAUCAGUUCAGCACAGAUACUCUGACAGGAUCACAGGAUGGAUUUGUUGUGAAGGAUGCAACUGCUCUGCCUGUUUCCUCGAUAACAGGUGUUAAGCAGAGUACAAGCACAGAGAGAGAAGCUCUGCCGAAAAUGAUGAUGUCUGUCACAGGUGGUGAAAACAAAAUCAUCACAAGCGGUAUGCUUGGUAGUAUUACUGCAUUAAAAACCGAGGGUAAAGUUCCCGGUAAAACAGUAGAUGCAUAUACUGUUGCACAGAUUCGUGAAUACGCAAUGAAUAAAAACGGAUUCACAACAAAACAGAUAAGCAAUGUGCAGAAGUUUAUGUCUGAUAUGGCAAAGUUCAUGGAUGAUGCAGGAGUAAGAUACAGAUUUAUCGGACUCAAAGAUGUAGAAGAUGCGAAGCUUCAUUAUCAGUACAACAAGGAUGGAUCAAUUAAAGCAAUAGUUCUUUCCGCUAUGAUUAAAAACGGUGACUAUCCUGUUAACUUUGACCUUACAUCCAUCUGUAAAAAGAGAGCUGCUAUGUCAGAACUCAUCGAAAAGCUUUCAAAAAAAGGUGUAAUUGAUAGUGAUACUGUUAAGCUUACACAGAAGAUGAUCUUUAAGAUAAAUACUGCACUGAAAAACGAAGGCUUUGAGACAGCUUGUCUUGGAUGUUUCGUUGAGUCAAAGAGAUACAAUAUACGAAAAUGGGCAAGCACUUUUAUAGAUAAAUAUAAUGCAGCAGUUCUUAAAGUUAAUCCUGAAGCAACAUAUUUUAAUUUUUCACAGGGUGAUGUUGACUUCGACAAUAUGUCAAUAGAAGAUGUUAUCUCUCUUGAUAAUUCACUUGAGAAGUUUGCAAACGCAAACGGAGCAAAAUCAAAAGCAAACGCAAAAGCAAAGUACAGACAGAUGAGAGAAAACGGAGAGCUGAUCUUUAAGGACAAAGAAGGAAAACGCAAGGGAUACACAGAAGGACAAAAAAAGAAGAUAGAUCAAUCAUUGGAUCUGACUUCGGAUGAGAAGAACUAUUUCCUUUCAAAAAAUCCGAAUGACCUUUCUGUCGAAGAACUCGAUAUUCUUAUAGAUGCAGGAAUAUUCAGCAAGAAUGUUGAUAAUGUACAGAGAGUAACUUCUCUUGUUAACAGCAGUUCUGUAUAUCAGCAUUUGUUGAAACCUUCAGACCUUCUUACAAAAGAAGGUAUAAGACAGCUUGAGCAGUUACCUAAUUUCCAUGGGGUUUUAUAUGGUCAUUAUGGUUCAGGCACACCGAAGCUUGUACAAGGCUUUACUCCUUACAAUUCAGAGAUAGCUUUACUUCCUGAAAACAAAGGUAAGCAGAGCUUAACAGAAUAUCUCAAGUCGAUAGCAGGAGUAAGAAUACAAUCAUUCUCUGAUUUUCAGAUACAGAAUAUCUAUGACUAUCUUCAGAUAGUUGCGGAUCUUACAGCAAGAAGACUUCCUGCUCACGCAUACACAAAAGAGAUAUCCUUUGCAAAACUUCUUGGUAUGACAGGAAUUAAAGGAAAUCUUUCGGUCAUGUUCGAUAUUGAUCUUGAAGUCGAUAAGGAACACGCAGGACUCACAAAGUAUAAUCCUGAAAUUCAUAAGGGUGAGUAUGCGAAGAUAGUUCUGUCGGAUGAGCAAGGCGAUUGGGUAUAUAACAUAGGUGACUAUGCAACACAGAAAGCCUAUGACAAUUACUACAAAUCUAAAGGUUUGAAUGUGGCUAAAAGAUUCCUGCAGAGCAUAGGCUUUGCAGAUGCUGUUAAUCUUCAGACAACUCCCGGAUAUUCAUCGAAUUUGGGCAUCAUUGGUGUAGGCUAUUCGGCAAAACAUAUUCAGGCAAUGCUGAACGAUGACAGAAUAAGAUAUAUUAUUCCUUACCAUUCAUCAUCGCUUCCUGCCGAAAUAAAAACAGCAACUAAUCUGAAUAUGGCAAAAGACUAUACUUCUGUUCAGAAUACAACAAAGAUAGAGUCUAUACUUGACAGAGAUAAAAAUCCUGUUGAUUACAGCAUUAAAAAGGCUUACAAGAGACUUGGAAGCGGUAAGGCUGUAUUAUCUGAACUUAAUGAGCAUGUUCGCAAUGAUGGUUGGCAGAUAAAGACAAAGAAAGCACAGAACGGUCACGGCAGUUUUAAACUGUAUGAAAAUCUUGAUGAGUCUCAAGAUCCUCGCACAACAGCGGAAAAUUUCUUUGAUUGGUGUGCAGGAAACGGAACACUUCCUGUCUUUUAUGAAUUUGCUGAUCACGACAAUUACUACAAAGUAUUGUAUGAUUUCAAUGUGUACGAUAAUAUCACAGGUGAGUAUGCACCACAGAUGGAAGUGCAGAAUAUCUAUCCUGACAGUAAUGGUAAGCCUGUUAAUAUUGCAAACAAGGAGUAUGUUUCCGGCAAGGAUGGUAUGACAGGUUAUCAGGGUAUCAUUGAUGAUUACAUGAUGUGGCAGAACAGCUACAAUAUGCAGCUUGAUAACAGACUUGAUAAGAUUGCGGAUGACUUAAUUGGCGGUAAGAGAAAACUUUCAAAUGGUGAAAGUAUAAUAAACACAUCUGAUUAUGACGGCAAAAGAAUAUAUAGUUUGCGAGAUAGUGCUUAUGAAGAUGUAAAAAAAGUUAUUGCAAACAAAUAUUACAGAGAUGAUGUUUAUCUUACGGAAAAUAGUCCAUCAAUAUUAAUAUCUCAAAAAGGUGUAAGAGAUUUACCUAUGCUAAUGAAAGCUUCUCAUAUUCGUGAAAAUAUAUUAACAAUUGAAGAAGCAAAAAAAAGAGGAUUAAAAAUCAACAAUAGUAUCAAUUAUCAUGGUUUAGGCGAAGAACUAUUUUUGAAAAUAAUUGAUGGAUUAGAUGAUAUUGAUUAUGGUUACCGAGGAACGAAAAAUGCAGAUAAUCCAAGCAGAAGAGAAAACUAUUUCCUAUUAAUAUCAAAAUAUAAAGAUGCAGAUGGAAACAUUAUAAAUAUUCCUAUAUAUAUCAAUGAAUAUGGUCAGUAUAAUAAAGUGAUGAUAGGAACUAAUAAGAUUGCUACAGUAUUUGGAAGAAGUGAUAUAUACAAUUAUAUCAACAGAGAAAUUGCAAAUGGUAAUCUUGUAAGAAUAAAAAAAAGAAACAAUCAAGUCGGUGAGCGGACAACACCAAUUGUUGCCGGCUAUGACAAGAUUGCUUCUGUAAAUAAUGUUACCACAAAUAGCAAAGAUAGUCAACAGGAAAAUAAUGGUAAAUCAAAAUUUUCUGAACGAGAUGCAUCAAUGACAGAAGAACGCAUUGACUAUCUUAUUGAUGAUAGUGGUGCAGGAAUGCGUAAAGACUAUGCACAAUCAUGGAUCACUUCGAUUAAUCCGUCAGACUUCCUCAAUCUUACUUUGGGAUUAGCAAAUCAAGACAGAGAUAGAUUUGAUACCAUGCCCGGUGAAUACGGUUCAACUGUUAAUGACUAUGACUAUAUCGAAGCUUUGAAGCAAGAGAAAAGGCAAACACCUUACAUUGCCAUCAAUGUCGACACAGGUGAAGUUGUCGGUCACGAAGGCAGACACAGAAUGAGAGCUUUGGAAAAAGCAGGAAUUACAUCUGCGGAAAUAAAGGUUCAGUUCAGGGAUUCGGAUGGUUAUCUUAUUAAGGAAUUAAACGGAUACGGAAAUCCUCUUGAGAUUAUCGAUUCGAUAAAGGUAUUCAAUCAGAGAGGAACAGGACAAUCUGCUAUUCUCAAUAAUGUUAUUCCGUUAAACAAAGCAAACAGGGAUAAUAUUAUCAAUUCUUACGGAAGCAAGGAUGCGGAAAUCAGAUACUCCGACAGAUCCGCACUCACAGACAACAGAAGCCUUCUUGCAAAUGCCUUCUCAUCUAUUACGCAGAAUCCUGCGGAAGCACAGAUCCUUGAAGAUUAUCAGGCAAAUAUCGAUAAGAUGAAUGCCGAGGAAGAUAAGCUUCGUACACUUACUGCAGAAAUGAAACAGAUUUCUUUCAGCAAGGGUAAGAGAGACAAAGCGAAAAUAACAAAGCUUCAGAAUGAGAUAACAAAAACAAAGAAUCGUAUAAACAUAUACGAUAAGAAGUUAUUGAAGCUUGAAGCAAGUAAGCCUUUACAGGAUAUCCUCACAAGAGAAAAGGACAAGGUUAUCAAGAGAGAAAAAGCAAAGUACAAACAGGCUUUAGCUGAAGAGAAGCAGAAGAGAACGGAUGCAAUUCAGAAUCUGAAAGAGAAGAACAGACAGAAGAUUGAUCAGAGGAAGACCACAGAAGUUCGCAAUAAGAUAAAGAAGAUUGCGAGUGACCUUGAGAACAGACUUCUUAAUGGUACAGAGAGAAGAUAUGUUCCGAGACAGCUUGUAGAAUCUGUUAUUCAGGUAUGUGACAGUAUAGAUCCUACAGGUAAGGAUCAGAAUACAAAGGCUGCACAGAAAUGGAAAUCAGGCAGAGCUGCUCUUGCUGAAUUAAAAAUGGCAUAUGAUAAGCUUGAGAACUUCAAUGACUAUGACUUCUCUUAUGAGUUCGACAGAGACUUCUCAAAUUUAAUAGGUGACUUUGCCGAUGCUGUCGGUGAUACUCCUCUCCGUGACAUGAGCAGAGAGCAGUUAGAAGAUGUGUACACAAUAGUUCAUGACAUUCGCAAUAUGCUUAAUGAUGCUACAAAGCAGAUAGGAAUUGAUGAAGCAAUCAGUAACUAUGAAGCAGGACAGGAAGUCAUUGAGAAUAUGCGUAAAGUGAAAUCACGCAAACAGACAACGAAUGCCGUAUCUGACUUCUUCAGAAAUUGGACAGAGAAUCCGAUGAGAGCAGUAAGAGAGAUGACAGGCUAUGAUCCGAAUGCGAGACUCACGAAGAUCUUCGAUGAAUUAAACAAGGGCAGAAGAAAAGCUGAUGAUUUCAGGAUGAAGAUGCAGAAGAAGUUUGAUGCAUUGAGAACAUCAAAAGAGGAUGCAAAGAAGUUUAAUGCUGCUGUUCAGGAUAAGAUUGAUUUAGGCUUGCUUGACAUUGACGGUGAUCCUAUGAAAAUAACAAAGAUGCAAGCAAUGACUAUUCUGCUUACCUAUGAUAGAGAAAAAGCAAACAAAGACAGAAAGCACCUUGUUACACCUGUGUUAAUCCCGGAUGCAGAGCUUGAACGCAAAGGUAAAUACGCACAAGCUAAAGACAAAGGCAGACAGCUUCUUGUUACCGAUGACCUGAUUACCAAGAUUAAUAGUCAGCUGAAUGAGUGGGAUAAACAGUACAUACAAACUGCAAAAGAGUUCUUUAAUGACGAUUCACAGAAAGCCAUCAAUGAGGUUUCUAUGGUCAUUAAACAUAGACCAAUUGCCACAGAGAAAGAGUACAUACCUUAUCUUGUAGACACAGACUAUAUCAAGAAAGAAUCUGAAAAUGUUAAGUUCGAUGCAACGAUUGAAGGCACAGGCAUCCUGAAGUCAAUGCAGAAAAAUGCUACACAGCAGCUUCUUAUUAAAUCAUUGAAUGAACUUGUUGCAGACCAUAUUGAUAAAGUGGCAAAAAUAUACGGUCUUGCAAUUCCUGUUCGUAAUUUCAACAAAGUAUUCAAUAUGCAACAGACAGUUGCUGACGGUGGAGUUUCUGUGCAGAGAGCUAUCAGAGAUGUUUGGAAGGAUGGCGGUGUGAAGAUUGUUGAUCAGGCAGUAGCAAAUCUUCAGAGUCCUCGCAGAUAUGAUACUUCAAAGUUUUUAUCAUUUGUAAAGUCAGGAUUUGUGACUUCAACACUUGCAGCAAACAUAUCCGUAUGGAUGAAACAGGCUGCAUCAUAUCCUACAGCCGGAGCAGUUCUUUCAAGCACUUCAUUGACCAAAGGUCUUGCAAGAUAUGUAGCAAGGAAAUCUUCCGAUGUAUGGCAGGAAAUCGAUGAGCAUACUUCUCAACACUAUAUGAGAAGACAAGGCUUAUCAAUGCAGGAGCUUGGUGAACUUAAUCAGACUAAAGGAUGGCUGAAUACAAUCAACAGUAAGUUGGGUAAAGCAUCACCGAUGAAUUGGAUUCAGGCAAUGGAUGUUGCAACAACUGCUGCUCUUUGGGAAGCAAGUAAGGCUGAAGCAGAAAAGCAAGGAACAAUGCCUUCCGAUGCAGACUAUUGGGAUGUUGUUACGGAUAUCUACAACAGAGUCAUAGAAGAUACACAGCCUAUGUAUGAUUCUUUACACCGAGCAGAGAUAACAAAAAAUAAAGCUCUUUCCAAUAUUAUUCUUUUCCAAACACAGCCUAUUCAGAACUCCGGUAUUCUUCGUGAAGGUGCUAUGAGAUACAAAGAUAUGAAGAAGGCUUACGGAAGCAAAGAUGCAAAAACGAAACAGGCACUCAAAUCGUAUCGAAUGGCUGUAACUUCACAGGUAGCUUCACAUCUUACCUUUACAAUGAUGACUUUGUUCUCCGCUGCAAUUCUUCAUAAGAUGGAUUCUUACAGAGAUGAUAACGAGGAAUUGACAAUUGAAUCUAUUCUUGAGGAGUUCGGUAAACAGUAUGGUAAGAAUUUCUUUAACGCAAUAGUUCCUGUGUUCGCUAACUAUGCUGUAUCAAUUGCAGAAAGAAUAAUUGAAGGAAGUACAUAUGAUGUACUGUCAGAUGCUACAGUUGAUAAGAUUAGUACAUCUAUUAAUACUUUUGCAAAGCUGAAGAAAGAUCCUUCUAUUGAUAACAUUAUCAAUCUUAUAGCUGAAGUUGCAACUUACAUGGGUAUUCCCGGACACAACAUUGUAAACAUUGUCAACGGUGUCAGAUAUCAUCUCAACGAUAUAAAAAAUGGUGAGUUCGGAUCUUUUGAAGCAGGAGUCGAAAGAACGAAUGCUCAAGAUAUCGACAAGGCAUACACCUAUUAUUCUGAAGGCAAUCUUCAGAAAUCAAAGGAAAUCAUACAGAGCAAGAUUGAUGACAAGAUUGCUUCCGGCAAAACAGAGAAAGAAGCAAAAUCAUCAGUUAGAAGAGGUUUGACAGAUUACCUUAAAGACAUAUACAUUGAAGCAUAUAAGAAUAAGGAUAAUGCAAAGAUGGCAGAGAUCCUAACAAGAAAGGAGGAAACUCCUGUGACGAUAGAAGUAUCAAUAGUUAUUGCUGCUAUAUCUCUUGCCUUUGCAAUAUAUCAGGGAGUAUCGAAUAUGAAAAGGAAUAAUAAGAGUGACACAGCCAAUGAUACUGCACAGCUUACAACAGUUAUUGUUAAGCUUGAAAAUAUAUCGAAAGACACCGGGGAAAUAAAAACAGACAUCCGUGGUGUUAAAGCAGACUUGCGUAAUUUGUCUGACAGACUUAUUAAGGCUGAACAGCAGAUUAAGGUUCUUAAUAAUGCAGUAUUUAACAGAAAGGAUGAUGAAAAUGAAAGCUUUGUUACUCCUUUGUUACUUGCAUUUGGGGUAUCGGAGGAGAUUACAAUGCAGAUAACAGCCAUCAUUAUGUCAGGUGCUGCCGUAGUUGCUUACAUAUUCGGUGAAGCUUUAAUCGACAGCAAAAGGGAAGGAGAUGAAGCAGAUGCAGAUAGUACAGAAGUAUAUGACGAAGAGUAA